UUUAGGGCUGUUUCCCUGACACUGUUCCAUUUUGGAUGAAUUAUAGACAUUGAUGAGUGCCAACUCCAAAACGGGGGCUGCCACCCAGCUGCCAGCUGCACUAACCUGCCUGGAAAUCACUCCUGCACCUGUCCACAUGGCAUGGAGGGCAGUGGCUAUGACUGUCUGGAUGUGGACGAGUGUGACGGGAACACCUCCCUGCCGCACAACUGCAGCGUCCAGGCUCUGUGUCUCAACUCCAACGGAUCCUACAGCUGCCGCUGCCUGGACGGAUACAGCGGUGACGGCUUCGUCUGUGAGGAUGUGGACGAGUGUGAGCUGAACACCACCUGCAGCAGCAACAUGUCGUGCAGCAACGCCCCGGGGUCAUACAGUUGUUCGUGUAUACUAGGUCUGGUGUACGACGGUGGCACGUGUGUGAAUGAAGACACAUGUCUGAACGCCAGCCAUGACUGCCACCCUCUGGCUGAGUGCCACACAGACCGGGGCUCCUUCUACUGUAGGUGCAGUGACGGUUAUGAAGGAAACGGCACCAACUGCUGGGAUGAAGACGAAUGUCUCCGUCCAGAAGGUGAGGCCUGCCGUCCCUUCUCCUACUGCCUCAACACUGACGGCUCCUACGUCUGCGACUGCUGGGACGGCUUUCAGGACAACGGGACACACUGUCAGGACGUGGACGAGUGUUUGACUGGAAACUUCUCCUGCCCUGAAGACAGUGGCUGCGUCAACACAGAAGGGAGCUACGGGUGUGAAUGUGACCCAGGUUUUUCAGGCAACAGCUCCUUGUGUGUGGAUGUAGACGAGUGCUCCCUCGGCCUGGUUCACUGCACCAACUUCUCUGAAUGUCUCAACACCGUUGGAUCCUUCCUCUGUCAGUGUUGGGACGGUUACCAAGGCAACGACACUCACUGUGAAGACAUGGACGAGUGUGUUAACUCUACCUGCCCUGAGCACAGCACCUGCAUCAACACCGACGGUGGCUUCCUGUGUCCGUGUGACGCCGGGUUUUCCGCAGCGAACGAGUCGUGUGUGGACGUGGACGAGUGCGGCGACGCGGAGCCUGGGGAGCUCUGCAUCAAUGGGACCUGUUUGAAUAGUGUCGGCUCCUAUUACUGUGAAUGUGACACAGGAUUCUGGAGCAACGAGACAGAAUGUUUGGAUGAAGACGAAUGCUCCGACUCUUCAGUGUGUGUUCCAAACUCCACUUGUGUAAACACCCUGGGCUCCUUCAACUGCCCCUGUGAUGCGGGCUUCGUUCUGAAUGGUACAGAAUGCCAGGAUGUGGACGAGUGCAGCAGCCCAGACGCGAACACCUGCCCGGAGAACUCGGUCUGUAACAACACCGUGGGGUCCUACAGCUGCCCCUGCUCCGCUGGAUACGGCCCUGUAGGUUCAGAGUGUGAGGAUAUGGACGAGUGCAGCGAUAACUCCACCUGUCGCUCUGACCAGGUGUGUACCAACCUCCCUGGGUCACACAACUGCUCCUGCCCAACAGGUUACCACGAACAGACGGGGGCGUGCGUGGACACGAAUGAAUGCGACUCCUCGCCGUGUCACCCCGUGGCCCGGUGCUGGAACUUCCCCGGCUCCUUUUCCUGCCACUGCCCUCUGGGUUUCUCUGGAAACGGUUCUUGGUGCAGAGACGUGGACGAGUGCGUCGCCCUGACUAAACCGUGUCACGCUCUCGCAGUCUGUCACAACACGCCCGGCUCCUUCAAAUGUGUGUGCGUCGCCGGCUUCAUGAGUCUGGGCUCACUGUGUGUGGACAUAGACGAAUGUCAGCAGUCCAGAGGGCGCUGUCACCCUGCUGCCACCUGCUCCAACCGUCGAGGUGGUAUUAGUUGCUCAUGCAGUCGUGGCUGGAGAGCCACUCGAGACAACGGCUACGGACCAAAAGGCUGUGAGGACGUGGACGAAUGUGUGUCAGGACUCGGGUGUAAAGGGCUGGCGUCCUGUACCAACCUGCCAGGGUCUUACACCUGUUCCUGUCCCAGAGACGACGUAUUUUGUUCACCGACGUCCCGACAGGAAAGCACCACGCUCCCUUUCGGAGAGGCAGUUGGUGACGAUGAUCUGAUCUUCAGCGUAGAAGAUGGGAAUUCUCCGUACAUCGUCCCACCACUGGGAUUCCCAUUCAUGGGGAAAACGUACGACAGGGUUUAUUUUUCUGACAACGGCCUGGUCCAGUUCCAAACCUCUGUGGAGAAUGAGCAGCUCCUGCUGCCGGCCCCUUCAGCCGCUGGUUUUCCUGAGGACAUGGACCUGGCUCUGCUGGCUGUCUUCUGGGAUGAUGCUGACCUCACCCUGGGUAAUGGGCAACUAUUUUACCAGGAGUACACGAAGGAGGAUUUAUCCGACGUCUACGCUCAGGUAGUGUUUAAUCGCACAGCACGUGAAGUGACCAGGUUUGAACAGCAGCAUAUGAAGCCUCCCUUUGUCCCUGAGUGGAUUCUCAAAAUCACCUGGGACCAUGUGAUGCCAGUGUCUUAUCAGAAAGUCAACCUGUCAGAGACAAACACCUACCAGUGCAUCCUGACCACGGACGGGUCUCGAUCAUUUGCUCUCCUGAGAUAUGAGGAGAUGAACUGGGGUCCAGGCCAGAGGCAGUUCCACGACGCGGUGAUUGGCUACACUAACGGAGAACGCUCCUUCAUAGAGCCCACCAACCCACCUGAAAACCUCUUUGGACCUGGGGGCAGAUACAGGCCACAUGAAGUGAUUGGCCCCCUGGGUCAGCCGGGUCAGCUGGUGUAUGACUUUUCCAAACCAACAACAGACAAACCAACAACAGGCGUACCAUCGGAUAAACCGGCAGCAGACGAACCAGGGGAAAGCCCCCAGAUCAGCUGCCAGGCCUGGGCUGUGAAUGAGCCUGACCCAACGGAGUGGACCAAGGACCUGUUCUCAUGUCCCUGCACCCGGGGCCAGGCCCUGCAGGACCUGACCUUCCUGCAGGACACCAGUGAUCCCAGCCCUACCUUGAAGAAGUUAAGAAGUCAGCGGUGGGGGGGUUCCUCAGGACACAUCUUUCAGUCGGUUCUGUCCAACAGAUUUGGUUCAGGAAAACUCUGCGUGUACGACCCCGAGGGUCCGUUACUGGCUGGGUACAACGAGCGCUACUUCUUUGGACACAGCCAAGAAAAACACAUUGGUUUGUGAU